ACAAGUUAGAUAACGCGGGCUCGAUAAAGUGUUUUGUCCGUUUGCUGGAAUGAUUGGAAGGAAGUUCGGCGAAUAAAUAAAUCAAUGUGCCGGUGACUAAUUGCGCCUGUUAUUGUUGCCAUUACCUUUUACAGCAUGUCGUUUAUGAUUGCCCAUUAUUCACUGGUUACAUAUGCGUUUACGUUAGAUUAGCCAUUGUAGAUGUUUGGCAAAACAUCAAAAAAUCUAUUUUUGAGAGUGGCCCGUUAUUGCGAGUGAUCCAAUUUUACCAACUCUCAUUUAACUUUUGUAUUUUUAACCUGCACACGUGAAAGAUUAGUUAGUGAAACGGGUAAAAAUGUGGCGUGAACGUGUUUACAACGGCACCCUGCGGCCCAAAACCGAGGAAGUUAUAACCGGGGGUUACUUGAGCGAUUUAUUGGACGGCCUGAACUACACCGUCCCUACAAAUUACUCGACGCGCCUUUCGGAGGCACACGAUGUGAAUUUUAUCACCACUGGGCUCUAUCUAGGCGACAAAUAUGCGGCCAAAGACAGGCGGUUUUUGCAGCGGAACGGCUUCACGCAUGUUUUGAAUGCAGCGGAAGGUAUCGACGAGUACCAAGUCAACACAAAUCAAUAUUAUUACAAAGAUGCGAAAAUAACAUAUCUGGGAAUACCGGGACACGAUAGGCCUUCCUGGAAUAUCUCUGUUUAUUUUGAUGUCGCAGCGCGAUUCAUCGAUCAGGCCGUUAAGAGCGGCGGAAAAGUAUUAGUGCAUUGUGUGGUCGGGAUAUCGAGAUCCGCGACCUUUGUGAUUGCAUAUCUCAUGAUUUACAAAGGGAUGAACGCGGCUGAAGCCCUGGAUUUUGUCUUCAAAAAACGACGCGUGUAUCCUAAUCCAGGCUUUUUGAGCCAUUUGGCACAACUCAAUUCCGUUUUGAACAAGACGCGGCAACCCACAUUCAAAAGCUAUCUGCUUUGAUACGAAGCGAGUAUUUUUUACAGGUCAUUUUUUUAUUAGUUUGUAAUGUAACUGUAAAAAGAUAAUGGCGAUAAUAAAAAAUUGUUUAGUA